AUGAAUCGUUUUAUAGAUAUCGCUUACUCAUCACAGUUAAAACAUAAUCUGAACAUCGAUCCAUAUGUUCAAAUGCUAGUAAAACGCUUACAAAUCAUUCAGGAAAAAACGAAACAGAACGUUAUUAAUAACCAAAUUAAGAGUAAAGCAUUUUUUGACAGAGGCAAAUCUCCGAUCAACUUUGUAGAAGGCAGUAAAGUCUGGCUACUGAACAGAAGAAGAAGAGUAGGAGAAAAUCCUAAAUUCUAUCAAAAAUACGUAGGUCCUUUCAUUGUAGAAAAAAAUGAAGGCUACAAUCGAUAUUUAUUAAAAGAUAUCAGCACUGAUAAACCCUUCAAAUACACAGUGAACGGUAACUCACUCAAAAAGUUUUGUGACGUUGAUCAAGACAAGAACGACAAACAACAAAGCGCAGUCGAUUUAACAACAAGAAUCAUUAAGAAAGUAAUUAAUAAAACAGUGUUGAAACCCGUUAAAUACUUGGUUAAACACACCAACAAUGAAGAAGAAUGGCUCGACAAACAUUUAGUUCCACAAUCAUUAAUAAACGAUUAUCAUUUCAGUAAACAUUAUCAUUUCAGGAUUAUCCUACUACUUAUCGGCAUUGCUAAUGCAUACGACGACAAAGAAUUUCUUGAACAUGGAGUGAAAUUCCACACCCUCGGUCAAUUUCAUGUGCUAACAAAUUUUGUUAAAGACUUUCGUUACAUUUUACCUAAUGAGAAAAAAGUAACUAAAUUUAUUCAGAGAAGAGGAUUACUGAAUGUCGUUGGCAAAAUUAGCAAAUACUUGUUUGGAACAACAGCUGAAAAAGAUUACGAAAAACUUAUGAAUUAUGUGGAACAAAACGCUUUAUUCGACAAGGAAGGAAAAUUACUUCUCAAGAAAAAUAAUGAAGAAUUUUUAGCUAUCAACAAGAUCACCAACGAUCGCAUUGAUCAGUUAUAUGAAGCGCUGCAAUUUCAACAGUCUCAAUCAACUCACUUGUACGAUGAGUUAAUUCUUCUAAAACAUGCACUAUUCAAUUCAAAGAAAGAUUAUCUUGAUCCUUACUUUGUAUCACCAUCACAGUUACGCGAAUUUUUGACUAAUGUUUCAAGUAAUUGGAUGAUAUUAAGCUCGAACAUGCAGAUCCUGGAUCUUCACAUCGAUCGAUAUUAUAGGUUUCCAAAUACUUCCACAAUCACACGAGUCGGUGCAGAUAUUUAUUUAUUUAUUCAUAUACCAUUGACAGAUUAUGUUGACCGAUUUACGUUAUAUAAAGUUUUAUCAUUCCCAAUACCAAUUCCCAAUUCAAUGCACAGCUCAGAAAUUAUCAAUCUACCUAAGUUUAUUGCGGUUUCAAAGAAAAAUGAUUAUUACAUGACUUUUGACAAAAGACCAGAAAUACUGAAUUUUCAGUUUAAACUAGACGACACACUAGUUAAAAUCACUGAUAAUUCAUGUGUCAAUCUUAUUUUUUUCAACAAAAUUGAUCAAAUCCAAUUAGAAUGCGAGAUCAUUGUCCACAACGUCAAACCACCACCUAAGAUCAUAUCUCUCAAUGACAACAAACUACUGAUGAUAAACGUUAACGAAUAUUUAGAGACUAAAACACAUAAAAACACGACUGACGUAUUUAUUGUUCCACAGAGGGAAACGCUGACGAAAGCUAGACCAAUGUGCAGGCAUUCUGAGCAUAGGAGAGAAAUACUCAAUAAAUACUCAAUUCAUCACGACUGGUAUGCAAAGUAUUACAGACGAGGCACUCUCUCCUAUAUAAGGAGAUGCAGCAUUAAGCAGGGAGGGAAGAACAACAGAAGACACACACGGGACUACACGACAUACGAGAAGAGACGGGAAGAAGAACAGAAGACACACACGAGUCUACUCGAGAGACGAGACGAAACGGGACGGACACAACAAAACUCACGCAACAGAUAG